AGAACUUCCGGUUUGUUUGAGUCUGACCCCCUCCUCCCCGCCGCCGCCGCCGCCCCGAGUUCGCACGAGGCGCCGCCGUUGCUAAGCGCUCGAGCCACCGGGGCCCGUGAGUGAGGAGGAUUUUUAACGGGAGGCAAAGUUUUUAUUCCCCCCCAUCUCUCUCUCUCUGUGACUCCCCCUUCCUUCACCUCCUUAACGGUAACAAUCCCCUCUUUAAAAGUCAAAGAUGCGGACGGACUUAUAAACUGAAAGUAAAAUGCAGGUUUACAGCGUCAACGACGUGAAGGUUUACAACCUGAGCUGCGGCAAAUCACUGCCUGAGUGGCUUUCAGAUAGAAAAAAGAGAGCUUUGCUGAAGAAGGAUGGCGAUAUCCGUCGGAGAAUUGAGCUUAUCCAGGACUUUAACAUGCCUACAAUUUGUAGCACCAUCAAGGUUUCAAGGGAUGGCCAGUAUAUCAUGGCAACUGGCACAUACAAGCCACGGAUCCGAUGUUUCGAUACAUACCAGUUAUCGAUGAAGUUUGAACGAUGUCUAGAUUCAGAAGUUGUAAAUUUUGAAAUUUUGUCAGAUGAUUAUUCAAAGAUUGUUUUCUUACAGUGUGAUCGUUAUGUAGAGUUUCACUCACAACAUGGUCGCUAUUAUAGGACGCGAAUCCCAAAGUUUGGCCGAGACUUUUCAUAUCAUUAUCCCUCAUGUGACCUCUUUUUUGUCGGAGCAAGCUCUCAAGUGUAUAGGUUGAACCUGGAGCAGGGACGAUUCCUAAAUUCCCUACAGACUGAUGCUUCGGAGAAUAAUGUGUGUGAUAUUAAUCGUGCACACUACCUGUUUGCUACUGGCACAGCUGAGGGUAAAGUAGAAUGUUGGGAUCCACGAACAAGAAAUCGAGUAGGAAUGCUUGACUGUGCUUUAAACAGUGUGACAAGUGAUACAGAGGUUGAUGGUUUACCCUCGAUUUCUGCUUUAAAAUUUAAAGGAGCAUUGCAUAUGGCUGUUGGCACAACAACAGGCCAGGUUUUAUUAUAUGAUCUUCGUUCAAGUCGACCAUUAAUCGUCAAAGAUCAUCACUAUGGCCUGCCCAUCAAAUCCAUUGAAUUCCAGGAGCAGAUGGACUUGGUGAUUUCAGCAGAUUCCAGGAUCGUAAAAAUGUGGAAUAAAGAUACAGGAAAAGUAUUUACCUCUAUUGAACCAGAAGAUGAAAUCAAUAGCCUUUGCCUGUAUCCUGAUUCCGGAAUGUUUUUCCUGGCUAAUGAAUCACCCAAAAUGACCACAUUCUACAUUCCAGCUUUGGGCCCUGCUCCUCGCUGGUGUUCAUUCUUGGAUAAUUUAACAGAAGAACUGGAAGAAAAUCCAGAGACCACAGUCUUUGAUGAUUAUAAGUUUGUCACGAGAAAGGAUUUAGAAAAUCUGGGUCUUGCUCAUCUUAUUGGCUCUUCACUGCUUCGAGCCUAUAUGCAUGGAUUCUUUAUGGAUAUUCAACUGUAUCACAAGGUAAAAGCCAUGGCAAAUCCAUUUGCCUAUGAAGAGUACCGAAGAGACAAGAUCAGGCAAAAGAUAGAGGAGACACGUGCUCAAAGAGUCCAAGUGAAGAAACUUCCAAAAGUAAACAAAGAGCUGGCAAUGAAGUUUAUUGAAGAGGAGGAGGCAGAAGACCAAUUACUGCGAAAAAAGAAGGGCAAGAAUCUACCCAACAUUCUCCGAGAUGAGCGGUUCAAGGUCAUGUUUGAAAACCCAGACUUCCAAGUGGAUGAAGCCAGUGAGGAAUUCCGGCUCAUAAAUCCAAUCGUGUCCAAAGCCUCAGAAAAGAGGAAGAAGAAAUUAAAGCAGUUACAGGAGGACCCAGAGGCUGAACAGGAGGAGCUAGAAGGAAAACCCAGUGAUGAGGAGAGCUCUGAUGAUGAUCGAGGCUGGGUUGAAGAGGUACAAAGACAGCAUAAACUCUUACGCCACGAACAAAAACUGAAGCGCCAGGAGCGAAGUGAGCUUGACAAACAAACUCGUUUGCAACCUAAAUUCUUUGAGAUCAAAGCCGGAGAAGAAUUCAGAAGCUUUAAAGACACGGUUCAAAAACAGAAGCUGCUGAAGACAACAUUUGAAGAUCGCUUGAAACAUGAGGAAAAGGCUGGAACUCUCCAUCUUGCUAACACCAGUAUAGGCAGCAAGCAGUUGACAUUCACUCUUAAAAAGUCUGAGCAACAAAAGCAGCAACAACAGGCUGAGAAGCUGCAUCGCGAAGAGAGAAAAAAGCUUAGACGUUCUGCAGGACACCUUCAAGGCAAUUCAACAAAAAGAAAAUCAUUUCACUGAAGCAAAGAAGGUCCCUGAGAAUUUAUUUGUCUCGUGGAAUAAUACAAUACUGAAUAAUGCGGAAGCUGGUGACCUGAGCAGUUCCGAGUGAGUAAACGCACAAUCAGCCAAAAUAAAGCCCAUAAUAAGUCUGCAGCCAUUUUGGAAACUGUUCCACCUGCUGCUGCAGAUUAAGACAACUUUGAAGUACUGAGGAAUGUGAGAUAUUGAGAAUGAUUUGUAAUUUUGUCGCUCUCUACUGUACAUGUACAGUAAUAUAUUGCAUUAUCAUUUUCAGUAUCAUGCUUUUUUAAUAAAUGUUUUAUAACAGUG